UAUCGAAGUAUAUGUAUACACAUACGUAUUUGUACUGUCUUUUGUACAACUGCAUAGACGCAUGUCAGUAUCGGAGUAUAUGAUGCUACAUUGACUUCUUGUUGUUUAGCAAUGAUGUCUAUUAUAUUGUUGAGUAGCUUUUCUUUUAUUAUUUUUCUUUUUGCCCCUUCCCCUUUUUGCUUCAACGCCGCUGUCAUUUGGAAUCCAUCUGACAAGAGUUGUUUCUGUUGAAUGUUUUUUGGGCUUUUAACCAGUAUUCUAGCUUGUGCUUGCGAUGUUCUGGUUCUUUUUUCUUGUUUUUUUGUUUGGAGGGAAUUUGGCUAUCUCUGUGAAGUUUUUAGGUUGUGGGUCAUUGGUUUUUGUGAACAAGCAUGGAUAUAAUUGAGCUAUUGUUCAUUUAUAUGAUUAAUGUGUAGUUCUGAUUCAGCAUUGGUGUUUUUUAGGUGAUCGCUGAAGUAUUCUCUUCUUUUUUCUUUCCACUGACUGAAUUAAACUGCAAGAAACAAAGAAAUUUUGUGUCGGGUCUAAUAGUUUAAGCUAAAUACUAUAUCUGUUUUUUUCACUAUGAGCCAUACUAGUGCAUUGGUCAUUUCUUCGUCUGCGUUAGCUGUACUUGGUUUUCUUCUUGUACCUUUUUAAAAAAUGCCUGGCCUUGUUUCAAUUGUGUUUUUGGUUCUAGGCUUUUCGUCAGUUGGUUUUGCUUCAUCUCAAACAAAAUUACCUCUAUCUAGGGAUUGUUCGUCAGGAAUCUAAUGUGACUUUCUCAAUUAGGAGCAUUAUAUGAGUAGCUAGAUGUAAUCCAUUAAAAAAUUUUGUUAAAUUUUUUUUGCCCACUUACAUAUAGUCUGUGCAUAGUCAAACUUGUGUCAACCUUUUGCAUUAAGACAUAGAAUUUGUCGAAUUCAGCUUGGGCUUCACCUCUGAAUUGUUUUUUUGAUGUUGAACCCAUUUAAACUAAUCCAACUGUCUACCUUUCUCUGGUGGACUGGCUGAAUAGACAUCGCUUUCUUUUCACUCUUCUGUUGAUUAAAUUUGGUCUGUUAAUAGGGGCUGCAAGCGUUCUCUUUAAUGUUUUCUUUUCUGAUUUUCUGUUUGCUGGUUUAAGAGCUAAGUUGUCUUUUAACGGGUUUUUUCUAUUAUCUAAUUCAGAUGGACAUUUUGGUUAUUCUGUUGCAUUAUCAUUAUAAAUGUAGUUACUCCCAGGUUGCUGUGACAGCCUCUGUUUCUGGACAUGCAGCACUACUACAAUGUCAUUUAAGGAACAGCCGUUUGUAUUAAAGUACUGGAAGUUGGACUAGAUUUAGUGUCUAGUCAUUCGAAAUAUAAAUGGAAAAAGCUGGUAAGGAAAGGGAUAAAUCUCCAUCUUUGGCCCCACCAGCGUCAACUAUACUACACGAUGUGAAGGCAGAACGACUAGACCUGCCUAAGAGGUCUAUAAUUACACGGCCUGGAUUUGGGACUUCUGGCCAACGCAUCUCUUUGCUCGUAAAUCAUUUCAGAGUUUCUGUCAGAUAUCCAGAUGAAUAUUUUUACCAAUACAGCGUUUCUAUAAGUUCUGAGAAUAACAGUAUGGUUGACAGCAAGGUAAUUGGGAGGAAAGUCACUGAUAAACUUUACCAAACAUACUCGUCUGAACUUUCCGGGAAGAAAUUUGCAUAUGAUGGGGAGAAGAAUUUGUAUACAGUGGGUCCCUUGCCGCAUAACAACUUCGAAUUCACAGUGGUUCUUGAGGAAUCUAUUGGCAAGCGUAGUGGUAGCCCUUCUCAUAGUGGAAGCCCAAACGACUCUAGCAAAAGGUCGAAGCGUACUCUACAGUCAAAUACAUUCAAGGUAGAGAUCAGUUAUGCUGCUAAAAUACCCUUGAAGACGAUAUCUCUUGCCCUUCAAGGUGCUGAAACAGAAAAAGUUCAAGAUGCUCUCAGGGUUUUAGACAUCAUAUUGAGGCAACAAGCAGCGAGACGAGGAUGCCUUUUGGUUCGACAAUCAUUCUUUAAUGAUGACUCAAGAAUGUUCACUGAUGUUGGAGGGGGUGUGACAGGCGUGAGAGGGUUCCAUUCCAGCUUCCGUCCAACUCAUGGUGGCUUAUCUCUAAACAUGGAUGUAUCGACGACCAUGAUCUUAAAACCUGGGCCCGUUCUGGAUUUCCUUCUUGCUAACCAGAAUGUGAAGGAAACUCGCUAUAUUGACUGGCUAAAGGCCAAAAAAAUGCUAAAGAAUUUGAGGGUUAAGGCCAUGCAUAGUAACAUGGAGUUCAAAAUUAUAGGUUUGAGUGACAAACCCUGCAAUCAGCAAUUUUUCUUGCUGAAAGUCAAAAGCGGCAGUGGUGCCAAAGAUGAAGGCGAGACCUUGGAGAUUACAGUUUAUGACUAUUUUGUCAAGCACCGUAAUAUAGAACUUAAAUAUUCAGCAUACAUGCCAUGCCUUGAUGUUGGAAAAUCAAAACGACCAAAUUACCUGCCCCUGGAGCUCUGUUCUCUUGUCUCUCUCCAGAGAUACACAAAAGCAUUAUCAGGAACGCAGAGGGCAUCCUUGGUUGAAAAAUCGAGGCAGAAGCCACCGGAAAGAAUUCGAGUUAUAACUGAUGCAGUGAGAAACUAUCGGUACGACGAAGAUCCGCUCCUUGUUGCUUGUGGUAUAUCAAUAGAAAAACAGCUUACUCAAAUAGAUGGACGGGUCCUUGACACACCAAAGUUGAAGGUUGGUAAUAGUGAGGAUUGUAUACCCCGUAAUGGCCGAUGGAACUUCAAUAACAAGAAACUUCUGAACCCCAGCCGGAUAGAUCGUUGGGCACUUGUUAACUUCUCUGGACGUUGCGAUACUAGUCAUCUUUCACGUGAACUCAUCAACUGUGGGAGGAACAAGGGCAUUCAUAUUGGACGCCCUUAUACAAUAAUUGAGGAAGAUCACCAAUGUAGGAGAGCUAGCCCUGUGAUACGUGUAGAAAAGAUGUUUGAACAGAUUAUGGCCAAGCUACCUGGUCCACCUGACUUUCUGCUUUGUGUUUUGCCAGAACGGAAAAAUUCUGAUAUUUAUGGACCCUGGAAGAAAAAAUGUCUGAGUAACCUUGGUAUUGUCACCCAGUGCAUUUCUCCUUCCAAAAUUAAUGAUCAGUACCUGACGAAUGUACUGCUAAAAAUCAAUUCCAAGCUUGGGGGAAUCAACUCGUUGCUAGCGAUAGAGCAUUCCCGUCGUAUUCCACUUAUUACAGAUAAACCAACCAUGAUCCUGGGGAUGGAUGUCUCACAUGGUUCUCCUGGUCGAUCUGAUAUUCCAUCCAUUGCUGCUGUUGUUGGGUCCCGGAGUUGGCCAUUGAUAUCAAGAUACAGAGCAGCUGUACGAACCCAAUCGCCCAAGGUCGAGAUGAUCGAGUCUUUGUUCAAGCCACUAGCAAAUGGGGAGGACGAUGGUAUUAUGAGGGAACUGCUUGUGGAUUUCUACGAAACCAGCAAUGGACGAAAACCAACACAGAUUAUUGUUUUCAGGUUGAUACUUAAUAGGUAUAAUCUUUCUCACAGGGAUGGUGUGAGUGAAUCACAGUUUGCUCAGGUUAUGAACAUUGAACUUGAUCAAAUGAUAAAGGCUUAUCAGCAUCUUGGUGAGACUGACAUUCCAAAAUUCACCCUGAUAGUGGCGCAGAAGAAUCACCAUACCAAGCUAUUCCAAGCUUCAGCUGCUGAAAAUGUCCCAUCCGGUACUGUUGUCGAUUCAAAAAUUGUUCAUCCUAGAAAUUAUGAUUUCUAUAUGUGUUCUCAUGCGGGGAUGAUGGGAACUUCUCGACCUGCUCAUUAUCAUGUCUUGCUUGAUGAGAUUGGUUUCUCCCCAGAUGAUCUGCAGAAUCUGGUCCAUUCACUUUCAUAUGUGUACCAGAGGAGUACUACUGCUAUCUCCAUUGUUGCACCGGUGUCUUACGCACAUCUUGCAGCCCAACAGAUGGGCCAGUUUUUGAAGUUUGAAGAUUCCUCUGAAACAUCAUCUGGUCAGAAAAGCAUGACAGCAGCAGGAAACGUCCCUGUCCCUGAGCUGCCUAGGCUCCACAAGGACGUCGCCGGAUCCAUGUUCUUUUGCUGAAAUCGCGACAAAUUUUCCCGCCUUGGUAAACCAUCGGGAUUCUAGAAAAGCUGUAAAUAGUUGGGUGUUACCUACGAAGAGGUCUGUAGUUGAGGCAAUGGAACGAGGUGAAGAUCAUCUUAAAGUAGCUCUGAGAGUAUUUAUUGUAGGCCAAGUGAUGGGGUUGAGAAUUUUGAUGUGGAAGAUCUUUGCUUGUCUUUGAAUGCCUUGAUGCAUGGAGCUAUUGCUUGCUUUCCCUUGUUUUGUUUGCCUGGAAUUUGUAAAAAUGUUAUCUUAGUUGCUGUAUUAGUUGUAUUUAUUCGUCAUA